AUGCCUGUCACCAAAUUCUCAUUCAAGGAUCCCUACAACUAUCAGAACGGAUUCGAUUCCUACCACGAAUCCGAAGCUAUCGAAGGCGCCCUCCCUGUCGGACACAAUUCUCCCCAGAAAGCGCCCUACGGCCUGUACGCGGAGAAACUCUCCGGAACAGCCUUUACUGCUCCUCGACACGAAAACAGACAAACAUGGGUCUACCGCAUUCUUCCCGCUGCAGCACACGAGAAUUUUGUCGAAGAGGACACCGACUCCUACCACACGCGCAUGACGACAGAUGCCCACAAGCUCCAUCACAUUCCCAAUCAGCUUCGCUGGGACCCAUUCGACUUGGAUAAGUCUGUCGACUGGGUUCACGGACUACACCUUGUGGCUGGCUCCGGCGACCCAACCAUGAAACAGGGCUUGGGAAUCCUGCUGUAUGCCGUCGGCAAGGACAUGGGAAAGGAGGCUUUCUAUUCCGCGGACGGCGACUUCCUGAUUGUGGCCCAGCACGGCGUGUUGGACAUCCAAACGGAGCUUGGUCGCCUUGUGGUCCGUCCCAAUGAGAUUUGUGUAAUCCCUCGUGGUGUAAGAUACCGUGUCACGCUACCUGAUGGCCCUGUGAGAGGGUACAUCUGCGAGCUAUACCAGGGCCACUUUCAGCUCCCUGAGCUUGGGCCAAUUGGGUCUAAUGGCCUUGCCAACGCACGCGACUUUCAAGCACCAGUAGCCUCCUUUGACGACGAGGAGGAACCCUCCGAGUACCGCCUGUACAGCAAGUUCAAUAACCACCUUUUCUCCGCACGGCAGAAGCAUACCCCCUUCGACGUCGUGGCAUGGCACGGCAACUACUACCCGUACAAGUAUGACUUGGGGCGCUUCAACACCAUUGGGUCCGUUUCAUUCGACCAUCCCGACCCAUCAAUCUACACCGUCCUCACUGGCCCAUCCGACCACGUGGGCACCGCCAUUGCUGAUUUUGUCAUCUUCCCACCCCGCUGGUUGGUUGCGGAAAAGACCUUCCGUCCCCCGUGGUACCACCGCAACACAAUGUCCGAGUUUAUGGGCCUGAUCACAGGCAACUACGACGCGAAGACUGGAGGCGGCUUCCAGCCCGCUGGUGCGAGUCUGCACAACAUCAUGAGUGCGCAUGGACCGGACUCGGAUGCGUUCGAGGGGGCAAGCAAUGCGGACUUGAAGCCGGCUAAGGUUGGCGAUGGUAGCAUGGCGUUCAUGUUUGAAAGUUGUCUCAUGGUUGGUGUCUCGGAGUGGGGAUUGAAGACUUGCCAGAAGGUCCAGGAAGAGUACAACGAGCACAGCUGGCAGCCGCUGAAGAGGCACUUUAAGAACCCGAACAAAGCGUAG